GGUCUGACUGAGAAUCUACACAUGCAGAAAGAGAAAAAACACAACUUCUGGGUCAUGUCCGCUGGAUGCUGCGUCAGGAGGCGCGAGGCUCCGUCUGGAUGGAGACCGACUGAGCAAGCCACCAGGGCAGGGGAGAAGCGGCCUUGCCUUGGCACGGAGUUCCCAUGGUUCCCGCCUCCUUGCAUCAUCCAAUCGUUUCCCGCCUCUCUGCCGCCGCCGCCGCCGUAACAGUCGUGUGCAACAUGCCCGCUCCCGGAAGCGCCUAGCGAGCAUCCGACUUGGCUGCAGAAGAUGGACGUGAUGGGAGCAGAGCGUCGCAGGCCCACCCCGGCGCAGACGCCCGAGGAGAGGGACGUGUGGAGGGAUGGGGGCAGAGCCGGAUGGAGGGAUGCGGGGAGAGAGGGAGGAUGGAGGGAUGGACGAGAGAGCGGAGUGGUGCAGAGCUACAGUUUUGACUCCUACCAGCUGGAGGAGGAGGAGAUCAGCAAAGAUGUCCCGGAGAGAGGCGUCUUGGCGCUGUCUGAGCCCGACUUUGAGGAGCCGAUCCCUGACGACCGUUACCAUGGCAUCUACUUUGCAAUGUUAUUGGCUGGAGUGGGCUUCCUGCUGCCCUACAACAGCUUCAUCACAGACGUGGACUACCUUCACCACAAGUUCAGAGGGACGUCCAUCGUGUUCGACAUGAGUCUGACAUACAUCCUGGUUGCUCUUUUGGCCGUCCUUCUCAACAACGUGCUGGUGGAGAGGCUCAGCAUGCACACCAGAAUCACUGUGGGCUACAUCUUAGCAUUGGGACCCCUGAUGUUUGUCAGCAUAUUUGAUGUCUGGUUGGCAAAGUUCACGACCGGUCAAGCUUAUAUCGUCAACCUGGUCUCAGUGGGAGUAGUUGCCUUUGGAUGUACAGUUCAGCAGUCCAGUUUCUAUGGUUACAUGGGGAUGCUGCCCAAGAGAUACACACAGGGGGUGAUGACCGGAGAGAGCACUGCCGGUGUCAUCAUCUCCUUAUCGCGCAUCUUCACCAAGCUGCUGAUCCCAGAUGAGAGGAGGAACACUCUCAUCUUCUUCCUCAUUUCCAUCGGCAUGGAAAUGCUGUGCUUCCUCCUUCACUUGCUGGUGCGCCGCUCCCGCUUCAUCCGUUACUACACCAGCCAAGGCCAGGGCAGGGGUCAGGGAAAGGGUCAUGACCCCCACGGAAACUCCACCGGCUACAGGGUUCAUCACGACGUCACGGCGGAGGAGGUUAAAUUUGGGAAUGGCGGAAUGGGACCACCCACAACAGAAGACGGCAAUGAGGACUAUGUCGGUGGGACGUACGUGCGAUUUGACGCCCCAAAAAUCAAGAUCAGAGGAACCUGGCCCGGUGUUCGAGACCUGAUUUUGCAUCGUUACGUGGUGUCCCGCGUGAUCUGGGCCUAUAUGCUCUCCAUCGCGGUGACCUACAGCAUCACCCUGUGCUUGUUCCCCGGCCUGGAGUCCGAGAUGAGGAACCACACUUUAGGGGAGUGGCUGCCCAUCCUCAUCAUGGCCACCUUCAACAUGUCCGACUUUGUCGGAAAGAUCCUGGCCGCGCUGCCCUACGACUGGUCCGGAGGCCGCCUGCUCUUCUUCUCCUGCCUGAGAGUUGUCUUCAUCCCUCUCUUCAUCAUGUGCGUGUACCCGGCACACGCGCCCACCCUAGCCCACCCCGCCUGGCCGUGUCUCUUCUCCCUGCUCAUGGGCGUCACCAACGGCUAUUUUGGUUCCGUGCCUAUGAUUCAGGCUGCUGGCAAAGUGGCGCCGGAACAGAGGGAGCUUGCAGGUAACGUCAUGACGGUCUCCUAUAUGACUGGCUUGAUGGUGGGCUCGGUCGUGGCGUACGCGGCUUACAGCUUCACCGCUCCUCCCGGAUCAGGCUUCUCCACGUUCCACUUACAGGCUAACACUACCGGCUUUUGAAUGUCCUCACAUGCUAACCGUGUUUAUGCGCAAACACGUGCAACAUUAGGAGAGGGUCGCCUUCUCUGAGUUGAAGGAAAUAACAUUUCAUAUCUUUCCAAUCUCCAGCCAGGAUGAGUGAGUGAAGAGUUCGGGGAUGUCAAUGGACUUUUCUCCCGAAAUCUUCAUUGGUCGUCCUUUUGGAGUGUAUCACUGUGAGUGGAUGAAAAACGGUCUUAAGUGACAUUUUCUCAUCCAAAAGGACAUUCUUAUGUUUUGUUUAAUUUUUCAAGUUGGAGGCUGAGCAACUAUAUAGUCAAGUAAUGUUGAUCUGACUAGCUAACAUCAACCAUAUCGAUUCUUCAUGGAGAAGUAUUGCUCAUCUGUCCCCACCAGCUUCUGCUCAAUGUUCUUUGUCUUGUAUCUUGGGAUAUCUUUUUUUUUAGCUAAAAUGUCCUCCAUGUGAGUGGAACCUCCAAAAUCGAACAAACCAAGUUGUUCUCACUUUCAAAAAAGUUGGUGACCCCUGUUAUAAAGAAUUAAUGAUGGCGAUCGUUUGAGACUGUAAAAAAUGAAAUCGCAGUGUUAUUGGAAAAUUGUUUUGAAAUCAAUCCGCACCACAGAACAUUCAUGUUCAACUUUGGAGGUUCCCCUGGGUCAAUGUUACAUUAUGAGGGGUAAAACAAUGUGCCAAAAAUAGCUACCUUUUUCCAAGUAAUGUUAUUAACUGAGAAAAGAGGGAAUGUAAAAUCAAAUGUGUCACUGUCAGAACCUUGUAAAUAUAUUUAAGAAUGACAUUUAAAGGAGUGCCGAUGUGCCAGGGCUACUGACCUUUUUCUAGUUAAUUAAUUCUGUAUAACGUAUAAAGAUGUGGAACUUUCUUUGUGUUUCCUGCCUAUUGUUGUCUUUUAAAUAAUCGUGUGGAGCAGUGGGACAAAAACAGUUAAGCGUUUCAGAACUGGUUGGCCUUGUUCAGUCCAUUUUAACCAUAUUUGAGCAAUGGAAGGAGCAAAACAUGACACCAUAUCAUGUUUGCAAAGUUAAUCAAAUAGCUUUUAGUCAACAUAGGAACAUUUCAAAUGAUAUAUUGCUGAAUCCAAAGUUGUCUCCUGUGGCUUUUUCCUUUUCUUUAGUGUUCUGUUAUUCAAGCUGUCUUGGUUCAGUUGUUUUCUUUUGGUGUCGUUUUGAGGGUUUAUGGAAUAUUUGAGUAAUAUUUGGUGGUGGAAAGAUGAAUAGCAGUGCACUUUGUAUGUCAGCUAAGCUCUACAGCUGGCGUUUACUGAAACUGAGCAUAUAAGAAUGGGAAAAAUAAAUCUAUUAUCAAAGCA